UGGUUACAAUGGUUUAGAUGGAUACCCUGGUAAACCAGGCCAGAAGGGGGACAAAGGGGAGACAGGUAAAAUUGGUCCUAUGGGAGACCAUGGCAAACCUGGGCUCCCUGGAAUGAAAGGAAAUCUAGGACGACAUGGUAUGGAUGGAAUUAAAGGUGAAACAGGAAGAGACGGAAUGAAAGGAGAACCAGGAUUAGAUGGUAACCAGAUUACAGGCAUCAAGGGUGAGAAGGGAAGUCCUGGAUUGUGUGAUCAACCUUGCAUUGAUGGCCUCCCAGGGGUAGAUGGAAAUGAUGGACAAGACGGUCAGCCAGGUGUAAAGGGAGAACAAGGACGAGAUGGUUUACCAGGAGAAAUGGGUCCUAAAGGAGACAGAGGAAUAAAUGGUUUACCUGGGGUUUUGGGUCCUAAAGGAGACAGGGGCCCUAAGGGUGAACAAGGCUUUGAAGGUGCCCCUGGUUUAGAUGGACUAAAUGGUGUAAAAGGCAGUAUGGGAACAUGUGAUAGUGUAUGUAAAGAUGGGCGUAAUGGAGAACCUGGUAGAGAUGGAGAGAAAGGAGAACCAGGGCUGGAUGGUUUAGAUGGACAGAAGGGCAGUAAAGGAGAGAUGGGAUACAGUGGAAGUCCAGGAUUUGCAGGAAUUAAAGUGAGCUUGUGUUUUGUAGGUCAUUGUCGCAUGAUGGCUGUGACUUUGAGCAUGGUAUUGACAUCAGCAGCAUGGUAUUGACAUCGGCAGCAUGGUGUAUCAACAUCUGGAGCAUGCUAAUGACAUUGAUGUCAUGGUUGCUACUCAGCAUGGAUCAAACCACAGUAUUAAUUGAUCAAUAUGUUCUUGUUUCAGUCUCAUGCAUGGCACUACGUAUAUCUUCAGUCUAGUCUGGUAUUUUUCUAGGAUUGCACAAAGCCUCUUUAUGGCCUCACUUAACCUUCACCUUUCUGCCUGCAUCUGUCAUUUCAGCACAUAGUUCAACUUUUAGUAUACUCUUGUAGUAUUGAGACAUCAGCACUUUUACCUCCUUGAUGAUCUCAUCAUGUUUGUUCAUUUAUUCAGCAC